AUGGGUGUCGGGGCCCUGCGUCGCCUGGAGGUCCUCGCCCUGCAUAACAACCAGCUGGAGCGCCUGGAGAAGGGGGCCCUGCAGCACCUCGACCGCCUGCAAGUCCUCACGCUGGCCAACAACAGGCUCACUGAUCCCUCUGACGUGUGGACGCUGCGCCACCUGGACAGCCUGGCGAGUCUGAGCCUUGCAAAUAACCCCAUAAGCAGCCAGCAUUACCCUACCCUCGUGCUGGCUCACCUGCCGCGCCUCGCCUACCUCGAUCACCACCGUGUUACGCCACAGGACCACGCUGACGCCCUGCAGUUACACAGGGCGGAAGUGGAGGUGGUGGAGGCGGACGAGGAGCGGGCGAGGCUGGAGGAGGAGGCGGAGAGGGAGCGACGGAGAAGCAGGGAGGCUCACGCGCGGGCCGGGGUGCUGGCGCUGGAUGACGGCUCCCUCCUGGCCAGAAUGUUCAGAGGGGACAAAGACAUGGGUGUCCUGCUGCAGCUGCCGGGAGCACACGCCCUCAUGAGCAAGUACCAGGAGCACUUCAACGCUGUGUGCAAGCAGGUGUUCAAGGCGGGACUGCAACACGAGGAGCAGCGGCAGACCGAGCUACGUCUCUUGAGGGAGGCACUGCUGGAGGCGAGAACCAGCGCCGACCACCACGCGCGCGAGGCAGUGCGCGAGCUGGAGGCUGAGGUGGGGAGCGUGGCAGCAGCUGGGCGAGAGCUGCAGCAGGCGGAGGAGGCCAGUCUAGGGGACGAUCAGGAGGCACAUGCUGGCAGGGUGGCAGAGGCAGCGGUCCUUCAUGAAAAGAUUGACACCCUGCUGAAUAACACUUCCUAUGACCUGCUGACUGCUGAAGUGACACUAGCAGACCAGAUCAAGGAUGUGGUGGCCAGGGCCCAGGAGGAGCUAGGGAGUCUGGUUGGAGGCUUCCUAGAGGAGGCUGCUGCUGAGUUCCAAGAGGGCUGCCGUCUGGCCUACUCCUUCUACUGUCGCCUCCGAGAACUCUCCACCAAGGUGGCAGAUGAGUGUCCCAGUGUGGAGGAACAGGAGCGCACAGCAAGGGUGUUUGAGGGCAGCGAUACCCUGCAGGCAGCACUGGCUGGCAUCCAUGACCGCCACCUGGACCUCAUUGAUGCGCGGGAGGCAGACCUCAGGAAACACCUCCAAUGCUGGUUGACAGACACACUCAAGCAGAUCCAGGAGGAAGAAUGGACAAGGCACCGGGCCAGGGUGGAGGAGAUCACCACCCUCACUGCCAGACAGAGGCAGCUCCUGAGUGAGGCUCUCCCUGUCCUGCAGGAGUGAGGAUGACGACUCCAGGAAACAUCACCAGCUCACUCAGCCAAGCAAUUAACUGAUAUUGCCAAAACAUUUUUCACUUCCACUUACUCCCAGAACUGAAUCACUGGAACUGGUUCAGCUACAUCACAAAUCCUUGUUUGUAGAACAUCCAGUUUUCUCAUAUCAGUGUAGUGUGCUUACUGUACUGUACUAUACAUACACCCUCAUGGUAAGUCAUCUCAUUUAUUAACAACCACUGUGGGGUUUCUUUUCCACCAAGACGAUGUUUCAUUACAAAUACGGAGGCAAUAAAUGACAGUCUCUGCUUUACCA